CGGCCAUUAUUUUUUUCUUGUGUACAAGAUGGCGAUGUGUGUGACGCGUAUGGAAUGGCUUGCAUUGGGCGCAACGUGGAAAUACUCAUCAAUCUUCCCCGGAAUCUCGCCAAAUGCUCCUGCAUGCCGCAAUGCGCCGAGCUUAACUAUUAUUCACAUACCAAAAAGAUCGUUGUUCGUAUUGCCUUUUGGGUUGGAUGUUGGAUUAGUGGGUGUUAGUGCAUAUUUUUUGACUAAAUUGAAGAAGCCAGAUGCUCAUAAUGUGGCCAGCAUCUUUGGACCGAUGCCUGGUACACGGGAAAGUGAACAAUACCCCGAGAAAGUGGUCAAAUGCAUAGCUCACAGAGGCGCGGGACUAGACGCGCCUGAGAACACUAUGGAAGCAUUUAAAUACUGCGUGGAGCACAACUGUAGCUUCGUAGAGCUAGAUGUACGCUCAUCAAAGGAUGGCAAGCUGGUGCUACUGCACGAUCAGGGCCUGGAACGUCUCGCCGGCAACUCAACAAUACACAAUGUGCAUAUCAUGGACUGGGACAGUAUUAAGGAUAUUGACAUAGGUGCUACCCAUCCAAACAGGCAAAAGUUCAAAGAAGUUCAUCUAUGUCUUCUAGAUGUAGCUCUGGAUUAUUUACUGGAAAACAAGGUCAAAAUGAUCAUCGACGUUAAGGGUGAUGAUAAAGUGUUGAUCGACGGUAUUCUACGCACGUUUGAGAGUAAACCUCUAAUGUACAAAUACGCAGCUGUCACUUGUUUCAAUCCUUUCGUCUUGUACCAGAUCCGCAAAAAGGACCCUCAGAUAGUGGGCGCUAUCAGCUACAGACCGUACGCUUUCAGCGCGCGGGACUACGACGCGGAGAACGGACCUUCCAAUCCCAGAUAUGGCGAUAAUCUGGCUAUCCAUGGACUACUCAGAUGCGCUGAUAGUUUAUACAGCUCGUUAUGGCGUUGGACAGCACGUUGGUGCAACGUCAGUGCUGUAUUAGUGCACAAAGACAUUGUCAGUCCAGUUGAAGUCCAAUAUUGGCGAACGCUAGGCAUUCGGUGCGCAGGCUGGUGUGUGAACAGGCCCCUAGAGAAGCUAUACUGGCGAGGAGUUCUAAAAGCGCCGUACCUCGCCAAGACCCUGCUCGGUGAACCCGACGUGAAGGAGCGUAAAGACAAGCUCAGAGAAGACCAAAAGGAGACCGAGCUCAAAGAUUUGGAAUAUUAUUAAAAAAAACAGUUGAGGUUAGUUUAAUUUUUUAUACACACCUUUUUGACUAUUGUGAAAUUUUUUACGACGUGGCUGAUCGUGAAAUUCCAUCGCUAUUUAAUUCAGAUUAAAUGUCACACACAUCAAAUGUGACACACCAAAUAAUACGAUUCUCACAGCGAUGAUCGCCUUUAUUUUUGUAUUAUUUUUACAAUACUGACAAUGGCGAAAUCUUAAAAGAAAAACCACACCAAAUGUGACAUACACCAAUGACACACAGACCAGGCGUCACACUGAUUGUGUAAAUGUAAAUUUUUUCACAUUAGCGAUAGAAUUUCGCACGAUUAAUUGAUUUUUCACGUAUCGUAAAUUAUUGUCAUUAUGGAAAACAGUUUUUUUUGUGUAACGUGUAAGGUCAAGAAAUAUCGUUCCAUGUAAGGUAAAAAUACAUCCGAGGACACAUUUUCCAAAGGCAAAGAUUUCGUCUGAAUAUAUCGGUACUAAUGAUCUUAUAAACAAGAUGUUUGUGACAUUCGUAGUAAUCAACGUUUAAAUUAGUGAAUUUUCUAAACGCACUAGAAAAUAUUUUUCUUGCAAUUUGAAUAAAAUAAAGUCACGGUUGUCCCUUUACUCAACGCUGACUGCAAGAAGCUCCAAUUACGACCUAUUCGAAUCUUCACGACGCGGAGGCUAAUAACAUAUGUACCUUUUUUUAAGUAUGAUAUCGUUGAUCAGUAUAGAUACAGGCGUCUGUGGACAUAUAUAUAUAUAUAUAUUAUAUCUAUGUACGCUUCGAAAUUCGAAAAGUAAUUUUUUGGGAAAAUUCAGUACGUGGCGUCACUAUGUGACCUCCUCUAUGGUGUCGCCAUCUGUGAGGUCUUUGAUCCCCGGCUGGGUUAAUGUAGAAAAACAUUUAUCUAUAUUGUCUCGGGUCUGGGUGUUAGUGGCGCCGUCGUUGUUUCCGAUUUCCAUGACAAGCUGUAGUUAGUUUGGUGCGGAGCAACGUUAUAUUGAAUAUUUAUUUAUUUACCAUUUAUAUAUGCAAUUUCGCCGUUCCUAAAUGUAACAAAAUUAUAUCCGAUGUACAAAAAAGAUAUUUGUUUUAUUUCGAAUAUACAUUUAUUUAUGUUUUUAGUUUCCCAAAAAUUUAACUUUUCGAAUUACGUUAUUUUAUUACUGGAUGUGAAAAGUUCAGACGAGAUUUUUGUCACAAUUACAAAUCGUAUCAGUUAUUUCAAACGUUGUCUAAUUUACCGCGCUUAUUUGCAAACGACUUGGCAAAAAACAGGCAUGCAGUUUGUACUUUAAGACUUUCACAAAUGACAUAUGAAUUGUCGAUGUUUUGCGGAAUAUUUUGUAAUAUAUUAUAGAGUUGAAAACAAUUUACAAGCCUUUUCUAAUUUUUAUUUCACAUUUUGUAUCUAAAAUCUAAAUAUUGUAUUUUGGUGCCAAUAUAAGGUGCGAAAUUCAACAUCUGGUUCAAAGGGGACGACUCAGGUGUACUGUUUUGUGUGCAGGUCUUUAUGAGAUACGCGUCUGGUAGAUUUCGUUUCUAAGUGGUUAUGAGGAUUGACGAUACAAAUCUCGUUGAUACUGAUUGUCAAUGUUGCCCGUCUUGUGAUUGUAUCCCUUAUCUAUUGUGUUGCUAUCUCGAACGCCUAUUGACACUGUCGCCUAUCUUCAGAUUGUAUCCCUUACCUAAUGAUACUACUUUCUCAAACACCAAUUGACGCUGUUGCCCAUCUCCAGAUUGUAUCCCUCACAUGUUGUGUUGCUGUCUCGAACGCCAAUUGACACUGUUGCCUAUCUUCAGAUUGUAUCCUUUAGUUGCUUUUUACGGUAUUAUGUAGCUUUUAAAAGCCGUAAGUUAAAGUACAGUUACCGUGUAUAGGAAAUCGUGGUUAUUGUGUGACUGUUUAAACUGAUCCACCCCUAAAACCCUGAACAUGGGGUGAGGGGCCAAAGCAAUCUUUCAGUUUCGCUUUGCACUCCAUUGCCAAUAUUAACAGAUUUAUUGUUGACAUGUGCGGUAUCUAACUAAAAAAACAUCCUGGUAGAACAUACUUCGUGGUAGAAUCAUCGUUCAUCUGGUUUAUUGUUAAGUAACUAUACGGAAAAAGGCUUAGUGGUAUCGUUGGGAAUUAUUAAUGGAACUAGUAAGAAUGUACCACUCGAUGAGACGAAGUUUUAAAAGUGAAAUAACGUUGAUGUCAUCAUUGCCAUUACCAGCCGAAACCAGUACGGUACUGAAUAUAGGAUAAUUGUAUAUAACACCAGAUGUGACGUACUGGGCAAUGCAAUAACACAUUGAUAUUACGACACACAGUAGAAUGUCAUGAGCCGUUCUAUACUUCUUUGCACACAUUGUGGGAUAUUAUUCAGGGUAUAACGUGCUUUGAAUGAUUGGAAACGAAAUCUGUAAUCAGAAUGUUUCUUUGUAACCUGUAAAGACUUGUAGAGGCAACAUUGUAUGGAAAAUUUUACUCUUUAGUUAUACGAUUAUACACUUACGGCGUUUCGUACGCUAGAUCGUUUGUUACGAAAAAUAUGCGUUUGGUACUAACGAGUUAGUUUACGGUAUCGUCUUUAUGGUUUAACGGGAAUAAUGAUUUCAUAUGUAAUCCACUAGUGGUGAUUUCUGGUACUGCAGAUAAGUGGAGCAAACCCUUGGUACACAGAAGCGUUUGCGUAGCAAAUUGAUUUUGCUUGAUGUUAAAGGAGGCAUAAUUUUGAGUAUCUUUAUGGGAUCAAUGUUUCUUAGCUUUCAAAGAUUUUUCUUUAUAGUAAAAUUUGUGAAAUCACAGAUCAGAUUGGAAGAUACGAGCGUGGUCGUGACUGUCUUUUAUUUUACCAUAAUUGAUACCUAUUGCGUGCCUGGUUUGCGUCGUUGCCUAUAAAUGCGUAAUCAUGUUUGUAAUAGUAACUCGUAAUGUUUUCCUCUACAUAAUUAAUUUUAAAUUUUAAUUCCUCUGCUCUUUAUUCUUAAGCCAUUGUAUUAUUGUAAAGUAGAAAAUGUUUUUAUUUUUUACGGACAAAAUAGAAGUUUAUUUUAUUUUUAAGUUAUUUUGUUUAUGCGAAGCAGAUUAGUUUGUCAUAAUUAUGAUUAUAUUAAAUGCACCUCUUUUGGUAUUCGAAUCGAUUUGUUGAAAUUUUGCAUAAUUUUUUAAAUGUGAAGGAUGCCUGUCGAAUGGUACCACAAGAAUAUAAUAUUUUUAUUCUAAAAUCUCGUAGAGGCUAUUCUUAAAUAUUAGUACAAAUAUACCUUUUUAGCUUUACGCCAAAACUGUAGGCCGUAUUCACGUGAGAUGACUAUCACGCACGUUCUAUUAUGUUUUCUUGUUCCAAGAUCUUAUGAUUCCUUGUAGUACUACUAAAUAUUACUAUUUCAGUAGCACACAUGGGAAAAGUCCAAUCGUCUUAAGCUUUGACUUAUCUUGCAAUGUAUUUUUUGUUUAAAUUUAAUCCCUUUGGGAAUCUUUGUAGUAAUUUAUGAGAGAAAAACUUUUAAAUAUCAUUGAAUUCAUAUUCUACCUUAUUUUGUAAUGUUUGAACUGCCUUAUCAAGCUGUGGUAGUUGUUCUACGUGAAACUGGUAAUACCAAAUACAAUAUGUAAGCAAUAAUAGCAUAUAAAUUAAUCGCUAGUUAAGUAUUAAGAUGUUAUACAUAUCUGAGAGUAAGCGCCUAUUGUAAUGCCGCAUUUAUUUUUUUAUCAUUUGACUGUUUUUAAAUGGCAACUUUUUCCGUCAGUAAAAGUUGUAUUGAAAUUUGUUAAGAAUAAUAUACAUUUGGUAUAUAAUAAUGUGACUGUACGAUUGUUUAAAACAAAUUUACGUUUUAAACUCUCUAAGUUAUUCGCUGUCUAUUUAUUGGAUUCAUUUUUUUUUACCGAUUUUUUGUCGUAAUGAAAAUGUGAAAUUUUGCAAUGAUUAGAUUUUUUAAAUCAUUGACGAUAGUAUUUUUUUUAUUGUAUUAUUUAAAAUUGUCGUGUGUAAGCAAUGAAUUAAAAGGCAGUGUUGCAAGCUUUUUUUACAUAAUGCAAUGUGCAAUUUAGUGAUAAACACUGGCUAGCAAGAGUAGUGUUCGGAUUGUU